CGGGAAGAAGAAGACGAACAAGAAGUGUACCUCUGCCCUGCCUCUGCCUACCCCGACAUUGCUGGUAUCAGCCACGCUCUACUUAACAUUAACGUUUCAAACAGUCCCGAGGAAAAAUUAUGUUUGAAAAUUUCAGAGGAAAACUUCAGACGGUUCAGCAGGAUUUCACUACAAGUAUGAAGACCUUAGGGGAUAAGUCUAAAGAUUCCAAAGUCAAGAGGAGACCAAGGUUUGAAGAAAACAUUCCUCAGUUCACUGCUGGAUUGGAGCUCCUCAGCAGGUAUGAGGAGAGCUGGGUUCUGCUCCAUAAAAGAGCUAAAGAUUGUGCUCAGACUGCGGAGGCCGUGGACAGGGAGGUGGUGAUGCUGUCAGUUCACUGGGAGAGGAGGAGAGCAGCAGUGACACAACUACAGGAGCAGCUACAGACCAUGCCAGGUUUCAUCAGCGAACUCAAUGCUAUCACAACUAGGAUAGCCCAUUUGGAAGGUGACUUUGAGGAAAUGGAGAGCAGGCUGGUUUACCUGGAGACUCUGUGUUGCCAGUGUGAACAGCAGAGAUUUAAACAAUAUCAAAUAAACCAGCUGGACAACUAUAAGAAGAAGAAGAGGAGGGAGCUGGAGGCCCUAAAGGUGGAGCUGGACUCUGAACAUGCCCAGAAGGUGGCUGAGCUGGAGCAUGCCACACAGCAGAAACUGAAGGAUCGACAGAAAAUCUAUGAAAAAGCUUUUAACCAAGACAUGGAACAUUAUCUGUCUACUGGAUACCUACAGCUCAGAGAUGUACAGCCAACAGGAGGUCAGCUGUGUUCUCUAGAUCAGUUGACAAUAACUGAUGUGUCAGAUCAAGAGGCGCUGGAUAAGUUCCUCAGCUCCACAAGUGACGACAUCAGUGCUGCAUCAUCACUAACCUCAGGUCCAGACCUUGAGUCUUGGCCAUCUGAAUCUCCAAGAAGCUCACUGAGCCAAGGCCUGCCCACAGACAGCCAGCUAGCUAACCAGAGUGCAGCAAGAGGGCAAGAGGAGGAGGUGGCAAGUGAAGAUAGUGAUGAGCCUUUGGUCCAAUCAGACGAGGAGGAUGUUCAAGUAGAUAUGUCAUUGGUUGUUCUACCAGAGGUUGGUCCAGCGAGAAGCUCUGAUGAGAGUGACUCUGCUGGUGACCUGCGCUCAGGGUAGCCAGGCAUCCUGUUUAGCAACCAGCUUUCAUAAAUAGAAGCUGACAACUUCUACCCACUGGAUGAUGAAACAGCUACACAGUGCCACCCUUGGUGAAACCACCAACUAGUGACUAUCAUCUCUUAGUUAUGUAGCAUUACCUAAUAUCUCCCCUGAUCAAUGUAACCAUUACCACCUCUGUUCAAGACAAGUUAUUGGAAUGUGACCUUUGCUUUUUGCUUUCAGUGGAGAUCAAAUGCACCAUCUUGAGCCAAGACAGGAUAUUUUUUCUCAGUGCAUUUAGUAUGGAUCAGCCCCUCUGUAGAAAGGUGAUUUGUCAAAAUUCUUAAGGAAAAAGUCGCCUACAGAAGCUUUAACGCUGUAGUAUGCUACAUUUAAUAUAAAAUUCCAGCUGUCUUAUCAGCCUUAUCUUUAAUUAAGUUGGGCUGCAAUAAAGAACAGCAACCUCACCCCCCGAUUGAGAAGCUAUAGAUUUAAAAAUGUAAAAAUUUUAACCAAAUGAAACUCUUGUGUUCUUGUGUAAAUGUGUAUGCAGCGAGGCAGCACUCUAUUGUAUGUCUCUAUUUAAACUUGUUUGUUUACAUAUUAGACAAGAUCAGCCUCUGCCUCUCUGUCACUCUAUUGUUUUGAAAUAGAAAUCAACACUGUGUCUUAUAAAGUUUAUAUGAAUGAUUUUUUUGGUUUCAUGCCAGGAGAUCCAUGGACCUUUCCAUAUGGGAUCACAAGACACAUAGAAACAAUAGUACAUAUUAAACUAGAAUUCCAGCAUUCACUAUUCAGAAAGCAAACAGUUAAGUUAAUAAAGCAUCAUUCCCUACUGCAUACACGAUUCCAUACAGCAAAAGGAUAAUAUACAGCACAUUACUUGUUAAUGUCCAUGCUUUUUCCAACAUGUCUGCAAAUACAAGCUGUCACAAAGACUUUUCUUUAUUUCAUUGUAUUCAAGUUAAAAUUGUGAUGGUUCUUGACCUGAUCAAAUAAAAUUUUCCUUAAAUCAUAAA